UGGUUUGAGCACUUCAAUUUUUCCUUGACGUUCCUUUUCUUGCCAAACUCACCCUCCAGAUUUCUCAACUUGGUACCGGUUCGGUGAAGAAGUCCUUGAUUUGUUUGGAGUAGUUUCCAUCAUGUUGGCCCGACUCCGAUUUUCAGCCCUUCGACAGGGUGCGCAGCAAUGGGCGCGUAUGGCUUCAAGCGCGCCCAACACAAAGAUAUUUGUGGGUGGUGAGAUGCGUGAAUCAGCCACUGACCGAUGGAUAGAUGUGCACAAUCCGGCCACUCAAGAAGUUGUCACUCGUGUGCCAGAGGCGACUAAUGAUGAAAUGCUGGCCGCUGUUGCUGCUGCCAAGGCAGCUUUCCCAGCGUGGAGCAACACGUCCAUUCUCUCUCGCCAGCAGAUCAUGUUCAACCUGCAAAGGCUGAUCAAGGAGAAUAUGGGUGAUCUGGCCGCUGCUCUGACGCGUGAGCAAGGCAAGACCCUGGCUGACGCCGAGGGAGACAUCUUCCGUGGCCUGCAGGUUGUGGAGCAUGCCUGCAGCAUUACAACCCUACAACUGGGUGAGACAAUGCCCAGCGUCAGCAAGGACAUGGAUAUCCAUUCCUAUCGCACACCGCUUGGUGUUUGUGCUGGCAUCACUCCGUUCAACUUCCCUGCCAUGAUUCCUCUCUGGAUGUUCCCGGUAGCCAUGGUCUGCGGCAACACGUACGUGCUGAAGCCCUCGGAGCGUGAUCCAACAGUGACGAUGAUGUUGGUUGAGCUGGCUGAGAAGGCUGGCUGUCCGCCAGGUGUUCUCAAUGUCAUCCAUGGCACCAAGCCAGCCGUUGACUUCAUCUGCUCCGACCCAGACAUCCGUGCCAUCAGCUUUGUUGGCUCCAACCAUGUGGGUGAAUACAUCUAUGAGCAAGGCUCCAAGAAUGGCAAGCGAGUUCAGUCUAACAUGGGUGCUAAGAAUCAUGGUGUGAUCAUGCCCGACGCUAACAAGGAACACACUCUCAAUCAGUUGGUUGGUGCUGCAUUCGGUGCAGCUGGCCAGCGUUGCAUGGCGUUGAGCACAGCAGUGUUCGUGGGUGACUCACAACAGUGGAUCCCGGAACUCAUCGAGAGAGCCAAGAAACUCAAGGUUGAUGCUGGACACAAGCCAGGUGCUGAUCUUGGUCCCGUCAUCUCACCACAGGCCAAGCAGCGCGUCGAGGAGCUCGUCGAGAGUGGCGUGAAAGAGGGUGCCGCUUUGAUGCUUGAUGGUCGUGGAAUCACUGUCACUGGUUUCGAGAAGGGAAACUUUGUCGGACCAACUGUCCUGUCCAAUGUCACGCCCGAUAUGACCUGCUACAAAGAGGAGAUCUUUGGACCGGUGUUGGUCAUUGUCAACGUGGACACACUGGACGAUGCUAUUAAGGUCAUCAACGCCAAUCCCUAUGGCAACGGCACAGCCAUCUUCACAAACUCUGGUGCAGUGGCUCGCAAGUUCCAGUCAGAUAUUGAUGUCGGACAGGUGGGCAUCAAUGUACCAAUCCCAGUGCCAUUGCCUAUGUUCUCCUUCACUGGAUCGCGUGGCUCGUUCCGCGGAGACACCAACUUCUACGGCAGACAGGGUAUCAACUUCUACACGCAAGUGAAGACGGUCACGACACUUUGGCGAUCUGAUGAUGCCAACGGCAUGGAGAAACUCACCACCAUGCCCACCAUGCGCUAAGCAACAACAGCCAGUCUCUUCCUCCUCACUCCGUCCACCACUGCAGUCUGUCUCUGGGGUGACUUCCCACUGAUCUCUUGUAUUGGUAACGUGCUGAGUGGGUAUGCCCAGUGGCUUCUACUGGUGCCAUGACAUGUACUAUGAAUGUUUUGCCUACACAUUGCCCAGGGUUGUUGGUCAUCACUAGUGUGUGAACACAUCCCAUGUCGUUACGCAACCGCUGCAGCUGCAUUGUUUCAUGCCGUCAACCACCUCUCGGUGUCUGUGCAGCUCCAUUCCAUAGUCGAUUCAGUUGUUUUACCAGCCCUUGCUCUACCUACGCUGACAUGUAUCUUCCCUUGUCAUCACUGUUGUCAUACCCUAUUCCCUAUUUUUUACUCCCUACUUGCCAGCAAGAAAAUUUAUGCUACUCCACAAAACUCACUUAUUUUAGAAACUCUCUCGUUUUACAUUUCUCCAUUUUAGACAUCUGAAAUCAUGUUCAAAUAGUGAAAUCAAAAUUCGUCAUCAUA